CCAAUAGCGUUCAAGAAUAUUCAGCGGGUGUUCAGGAGGAAGUGGCUGAUGUGUAUAGUUUGUACACAGCUGUGCCGGAGACUUGCUUUGUUUUGUUGGUUCGUUGAGAGUUUUAGCUUACAGUGACCGGACUGUUUACGAAAAACAUCUUUAGAAGAUAAAAGCUAGCGGUAGCAGGGCUAAAAGUAAUUCCUCGACGGGGUUUUAGACGCAAAGUUGUCAUGCGGACCAUCGGCUAGCUUUCCUUCUCUAAGCGGGGGGCGAUAAUAGAUGGGGGUCGUAUCGUCAAACAAUGGAGCAUACUAAGUGUGAUCCUCAUGGCUGCGAUGGCGAUGUGGCGUUUCACCUGCAGCCGGCGUGUCCUCGGAGGAUGGGGCCCGCUGCUGUGUGUGGCUGUGAGCUCCCUGGUGGCCCUCCUGGUGCCCCUGAUCGGGGUGGAGAACCAGUGCUGCUCCAGCCUGAAUGGCAUCUCCCGUAUCCGCUGCCAGCUGUGGGGGGGCUCACAGCCGGCUCCAGCUGUGCACUCCACCAGCCUCACGGUCCCCUUCACCGACCUGGAUGUGCUGCCUCAAAAAUUCAAACCGAGCAAAGAGAUGGAGCUGGAGGCCAAAGCUGCUCUCCAACAGGCUCUGGAAAUGAAGAAACUUGGCAAGAGGGAGAAGGCGCACAAGCUGUUGGUCCACGCACUCAGUAUGAACCCAGACUUUGUGGACGCCCUGACAGAGUUGGGGACCAUUCUGGAGGAGGAGAAGGACGUUGUCCAGGCGGAUCACCUCUACACAAAGGCCUUGGCCAUCUCGCCCUGUAACGAGAGGGCUCUGGUCAGCAGAGACCGAACCCUUCCGCUGGUGGAGGAGAUCGACCAGCGCUACUUCAGCAUCAUUGACAGUAAAGUGCGCAGGCUUAUGUCCAUCCCUAAAGGUAACUCUGCUCUCCGGAGAGUGAUGGAGGAAACCUACUACCAUCAUAUUUACCACACGGUGGCGAUUGAGGGCAGUACGCUCACCCUGUCCGAGAUCCGCCACAUCAUAGAGACGCGCUAUGCGGUCUCUGGAAAGAGCCUUCAGGAGCAGAACGAAGCCAUCGGUGUGGACGCAGCCAUGAAGUACAUAAACACCACCCUGCUGUCCAGGUCGGAGGCCAUCACCGUCGGUCACAUCCUGGAGAUUCACAGGCGAGUGCUCGGCUACGUUGACCCCGUGGAAGGUGGGAGGCUGCGAACCAAUCAAGUGUUUGUGGGUCACCACAUCCCACCCCGCCCUCGAGACCUGCAGAAGCACAUGGAGGAGCUGGUGCAGUGGCUCAACUCUGAAGAGGCCCUGCAGCUGCACCCAGUGGAAUAUGCCGCUCUUGCCCACUACAAGCUGGUAUACAUACACCCGUUUGUCGACGGCAACGGGCGCACGUCGAGGCUGCUCAUGAACCUGGUGCUCAUGCAGGCCAGCUACCCGCCCAUCACCAUCCGCAAGGAGCAGCGGUCGGAGUAUUACGCGGCCUUGGACACGGCUAACGAGGGGGAUGUCCGGCCCUUCAUCCGCUUCAUCGCCAAAUGUACAGAAAUAACUUUGGACACCUUGUUGAUUUCUACCACGGAGCACGCCGUGGGGCUGCCUGCCGCCAGUGAGGCUGCAAGCAGUCACACGGCUCCUCAGCCACAUAAGACCAUCCCAAUACAUAACUGAGCAGGACGUUUGACAGCAGAAGGUGUCUGCAUGCUGGCUAAAAAUCUGAGCUCUGAAAAACCAAAAAUGUGUCUGCUGCUUUAUAAUUUAUGACCACAUCAAACCAUUUAUUCCAAUUUUUUUCUAACCAUUAAAUUGAUUUGGGAUCAAUUUUUUUUGCCCCAAAAUUAGGAUCCCCUGCCCUCUAAUUCCAUUUUAAAACAUAUUUCUAUCAUAACCCAGUUUUAUAUUUACUACUGCCGUCAAGAGUAAACAGUGCUUUUGUUUAGUUUUGACCCCAAACUUGUACAUUUCAGUCGACUGACUUUGAGGUCAAAAUGUCUGACACUGUAAAGCACUUUCCUUUUAAUUUAUUUAUUUCAAAAUAAAAGCAUACAAAGAGAAA